AACGUAGACCCUAUAAAUACCGGAUGCUAAUCAGCGCCUAGCAUUGAUGCGCCAGACCCCUAUUGGCUAUCCGUCACAUUGCACAGUUUAUGUGAUGUGUUUUGGCUGAUGUACGGGGAAGCAUUUGGUCAAAUUAAGAUACCAACAGAUAGAGGACGAUAGACAAAAAACGUUACAAUAUUCGGCCAGAUGAGUGUUGGGACAGUGUACCCUGCUGCGGACGAGGCAGAGAUGAGCCGUAUCCACUACGAGCUGGAGUACACGGAGGGCAUCAGCCAGCGCAUGCGUAUCCCCGACACCCUGAAGAUGGGGCCAGAGGGCCAGGCAGGGGGGCUUUCCCCAGGGGCUCUGGCCCUCCACCCUGCCCUGAUGCACGUGCCCGAGAGGAUCGUGAUCUCAGGGGACGAUGUGGACUCGCGCUACUCCCGGCCCAGAGACCUGGACUUGAUCCAGGCCACGCCUCCGCUGGACCUGCUGGGCAUGAAGGCUCCUCCCCGGGUCCUCACACUGACGGAGCAGCCGCUGGACUCCCUGGAGACGGACCCCGCGCCCCCGGCCCCCACGCACCGCACGGCUCACUCCAGGUCGAGGAAGGAACGUAGUGCCACUGAGAGCCCAACUGUCCGUCACAGCAGCCCCGCCCACAGAGCAGACACCAGCGUGACCCCGUCCCCCGCGGCCCCUGUGCGGGUGUGCCCCCCCCUGUGCACCCCGGAGGAUGGAUCCCCCCUCUACUCAGCUGGGGGGGUGAUGUCCUACAUCCAGGCCACCACACGCCGGGCCUACCAGCAGGUCCUGGAGGCCCUGGAGGACGGACACCGCAGGGCCCAGCUGGACAUGACCUUGGAUAUGACCCCUGAUGACUCCGGAUUGGUGGAUGCUUCAACACUACGACGACAGAUCGUGAAGCUGAACCGGCGCCUCCAGCUCCUGGAGGAGGAGAACAAGGAGCGUUCCAGGAGAGAGCUGCUGCUCUACUCCGCCACCGUGGCCUUCUGGCUCCUCAACACGUGGGUCUGGUUCCGACGCUAGAGCCACCGUGCGGAACUGGCAGGACCGGGGUUCUGGGGUACGAGGUCGGCAGAACUAGCUACCUCCCCACCCUCUUCAGAUCGUCAUCAUCAAGUGUCAAAGUUUAUAUCUAAAUCUAGAGAUGCCAUAGCAUGUGUCUGAAUGUCUUUACCAUAGCCCCACUCCCCUUUUAGGGUCUAGAACCCCCCUCUCCCCUCCCACUUAUGGGGAGUGGGGAUUCUAGAAUUUACAGGGGGGCAUUCUAGAGCUGAUAGAAUCCCCCCUCCCUGUAAAUUCUACAACCCCCCCCCCCCAAUGAGUUCUAGAAUCCCCCGUCCUCAUAUAGGGUCCAGACCCACCCCUACCCCCUGUAAGGUCUAAAACUGACCCCCUCCCUGAUAGGGUCCAGAACCCCCAUUUCACCCCUGCCCUCCAUCACCCUGUUAUUACAAUAACUGAAGGGUGUUUGAGUUUUAGGUAAUAUGACUCUCAUCUUACCUCUGUUAUUUCCUUCAGUCUCCUGUUUGUCUGAAUGGAAUUACAGCACAGGUUUGUCUCUGUAUGAAGGGAGUAGCACUGUUUGAAUGUUGUUAUAGUAUUACGGUCCUUUCUGUUUAGAAUCUAAAUAUCAUAUUUUUAUGGAAUAUUGCAAUAAAUAUGCAUAUGGAGUUGUAUGUAUCAUAAAAUAAUAUAUUUCAUCAUAUUAUCGACUGGAAACUAUUAUGCCAAAUGUGAUGGCUGUCUAUUCUGUUUUGCUUUAUUAAGCACAGAGACUGCCCUGUACCUGCCCUGCCAAGAUGCAGUCUGACGUUUCAUAUUUAUUUAUUAUUUGUAAUGUAUCGAUAUAUCAUUUGUAAAUAUUUACUGUAUUAAAUUCUAGGUGGUUGAAGUCUA